AUGGAGACGGAUCAUUGCUAGGUUGUAGAAUUGGAUCUAGAAGUUCGGAAGAGCUGAUUAAUGCUAGUUGAUAGAAUGUCAUCGGCCGACAAAUUAGACUUCUAGCUGACAAGAUACUGACAUGGAUCCGUUAUCCAUCUCUGCGGGGGUUGCACAGGUCGUUACACUUGCUGGGACUCUGGUCAAGGGCCUCAGUCGCUUCAUCGUGAAGACCAUACACAUUCGUGAUUCCAUUCAAGAGGUCCACGAUGAGAUCUUUACCUUGCAAGUGGCGUUGAGUGAGAUUCAAAAGACCCUCAAAAAACGGCCACGACAGCUAUCUUUUGAACGCGACCAUCAUGCCAACAUCCACCAAAUCAUACAGAUGUGCCAAAAGUCGUUGGAGACGCUGUGCCAUGAGCUUCCUGAACUUAAGGACAAGGCAGGACCUGUUGAGCGUAUACGACGAAGCCUCGAGCAUUCGUUAAAGGAGGAAAGAGUGGUCGAGAUUAUUCGUCACAUCUGUUCAUAUAAAACUGUCCUUCAGCUGAGUCUCACAACAAUCUCGUUGGGUGCUUUGUGGGAAACAACUAGCUCGCAAAAUCAAAUCCAGGCCGAGAUUCGAAAACUAACCGACGCCAUCCGACUAUCCCCUCACCUAUUCGCCGGCCAUAGAAGAGAUACACUGCUAGUUCAUACCCGCAGCGCUCGAUCCGAAAUAGAGAAAGGGGACAUAGACGAAUGCACCUUAGAAAGAGUUAUUGGUGAUUGGCGCGAGACUGCCGACGAUGUAGCUACAGCAGUUACACUCAACGAAACGGAUAGGGCGUCUCUCGACACACGCUCUACGCAGAAUUCGGCCUUGAGUGUCGAUACAUUGUUUUUAUAUCAAGACGCAUUUGAUCCAGAGCCAGAUUACAAAAAUGUGCAGAGCAGCGAAAUUCUCGACUAUCAGCUGAAGGCCAACCGAGAUGUCGUUCGAAAUUUAUUGCAAUGUGGUAUCUUCGUCAAGGCGGCCACCUACCAGCAGCGAGGUAUUGGGCUCAUGAAACAACUCUUAGAGAACCAGGACUCCCAUAGGGCAGACGACGCCUCGGACGACAAGCUUAUGGAUAUGAAAGAAGAGUUAGCAGAUACAUUCUUGCAAUGCGAUAGCCUCGAAUACCACAAUGAAGCUAGGACAGUAUUAGAACAAUUGAUCUCCGAAGUGGUCAAGGCAGAGGAGAGCCAAGUCGACAACAACCGGCGAGCGAGAUUAUACCAUAAACUGGGUGAUAUUCAUUUCAAACAGAACAACGUCGGGCAAGCGACCACAUUUUUAAAGCGCGCUCUUGAUGGUCGAAUUCGAAUAGACCCCAGACCCCUAGAACUCGUCGAAGAAACGGCCGAAUUAUUAGUCCAGGUCUUGCAGCAGAUACAGGUGCAUGAUGAAGCCCGUGGCCUCCGUGAUUGGAUCCGGCAAGAACUUCGACACGAAGCCGUCCCCUCGCCAUCUUUAACUCAGGCAGCGCCUAACAAUUCGAAUAUGAACGGUUUAACCUACGCCUACCAGUGGUGUAAAGACCAGGGAACGAAACUUUUAGCUUCGAUUAUUGCGAUCCGGUAUCAGGAAUGACACCGAUGCACAAAGCGAUCCAGAUGGAGAAUAUCGAGGUGCUGCAGCAUAUGGUGUCAAAUGUAGCACAUGUAGAACAACGCGACGCAUCGGGGUCAACGUUACUUCAUGUAGCAGCUUCAAAACGCCAGCGCGACAUAUGUACGAUACUUCUUGAAGAGCGGCAUGCGGAUCCGAACGUAAUAGAUCAUAGCAAUAUGACACCACUCCAUAAAUGCCA